AUGACUUCCACAUUGUGGUAAAGAGCUUUACAAUUCAUUUAUUGUGUAGUUGAAAUCUCAAUCGCAGAUUUUUCUGCGAAUAUGAGGCGAUUUAUUCUUUUUGCCUUUAUUGGCACAUUGCUAAUAAAGGAUGCUACAUCAUCAAUUCAAUCUCCUUCAAAUCUGGCAUGGUUGUUUGGUUUGAAUGAUAAACAGAAUGAUAUCAAAGAGGCUACAAAUGUGUGUGAAAACCAGGAGUGCAAAAAAAUUGCGAAAGUUAUAUCAGAAAGUAUGGAUAAAUCUUUUGAUCCGUGUGAUGAUUUCUACGAGUACGCUUGUGGAAAAUGGCCGGAACAUAAUCCUAUUCCAAAAGGAAGUCGUUCGUGGAGUUUAUUCCAUAUGCUUCAAAAGAAUGUAGAACAACAAGUAGAUGAUAUUUUAAAAGAAGGACCCCAAAAGAGCGAUGUUUUGGCGGUGAAGCUUGCGAAAAGAUGGUAUGCGGUUUGCAUGAAUACAGAUGCGAUGGACAAGCAAGGACUCGACCCAUUGGUUACCACUAUAUCGCGCAUAGGCGGCUGGCCGCUGAUAAUGGACCCGGACGAAUGGGAUGAACAAGAAUACAGUUGGCAGAAAGUGGACGAUAAAUAUAUGCGCCUGACAGGAAAAAAUGUUUUUCAUGACGUGCUCGUAAACAUGUAUAAUCCGAACAAGACCGUAAAGAUCGAUACUCCGCAUUUACCUUUGGAUUCAUACAAACUAUGGAUUGGAAGCCUGUACGAUAGUGAGGAAAUAGAAGACGAUGAUGAAGAUCCGAGUGACGAGCAGGAUAAUCAAGAGCUUGAAAGCGAAGAUGAAGAUGAUGAUAACAGCGAGAACGAUGACGAUGAUAAUGAUAGCGAUGAUGAUACAAACGAACAAAAUGAAGACAUAAAUAAGAAAAUCGGUAAAAGAAAAUCUACAGGCAAAUUUAAUCAUAAAAAAAAUAAAAAAAUACAGCGUAAUAGAAAAACAAAGAAAGACAUUCGAAUUCUCAAGGAGCACAGUAGAGGUCAUAAGACUAAAAAACAAAGAGUAAAAAGACGAGCUAUACCGACAAAGAUCCAUAACAGACAUACUCAGCAUUCUAUUCGUCACGAGAAAUUGCGGACGAGCAAAAGAAAUCGUGUUAGAAAAGUACAAGACGAAGAGAGGACGAAGGAAGCUUUGGUACUUACAUCAACGACACCGCAGAUAAUCACGGAAGAAACGAGCAAAGAAGGUGAAGAAACAGCGCAACAGGUAUACGCUAAUUACAUUUCGAAAGUAGCUCGCAUUAUAGCUAAAGCACGAGGUACUGAGGUCUCAGAAGAACACAUCGAAAAAGAUAUCAAAGAUAUGAUCAAGUUUCAGGUGAAAUUAAUAGAGAUUGUUAUGGAGGCUGAAGAGCCCGACAUGGAAUUAACACUCAAUGAGUUUCAAGAAUGGUAUAACAAAAAGGAGCCUAAAACCACUAAAAGCAAGAUUGAUUGGGUGUACAAAGUUAAGGAAUUGUUUGACGAAGCUCAUGUGUCCGUGGAUGGAGAUUUAAGUCUAGUGGUCGAUUCACCAGAUUAUUUUGAGGCUCUUGUCUCUUUGCUGGACGAAACAUCGAGACGAACAAUCGUAAAUUACAUACACUGGAACUUUUUGAGCAGAAUGAUAGAGGCUACUACGAGUGAAAUGAGAGAAUUAUAUUAUUCGUGGGAAGAUUGGCAACGAUGGGAAGAAGAAGAUGAAGGAGAUGAAGAAGAUGAAGAUGAUGAAGAGGAAAAUGAAGAAGAAAGAAGAUCGUCCAUAUGCAGGGGAAAAAAAGAACUACAUGAUAUUUUAGCAUAUGAAUAUGUGAAAAGACAUUUCUCAGAUAAUAUUACGAAAACGGCAGAGGAUAUGGUCGACGAUAUACAAAAGGAAGUGGAAUAUCAAAUUAAAGAAUCGGACUGGCUAGAUGAGGACACUAAAGAUCAUGUUUUCGGAAAACUAGUGAACAUGAAAAAGUAUAUUGGAUAUCCAAAUUGGUAUAGAAAUAAUACUAUCGUAAAACGAUAUUUUCAAGGAUUCAUUAUCGGCAAUUCGUAUUACGAGAAUACGCUUAGCUACAACAGAUAUCGUAAAUGGAAGGAGUUACGGGAAUUAAAAAAGAAUGAAAACCACGAUGAUACAUGGUGGAUGAGCCCUUUGACAGUAAACGCCUUUUUCUCUCCGUGGUCAAAUUCCAUAAGCCUUUCGGCGGCGGAUUUUCAGAGUCCAUUUUUCGCUUAUGGUCGACCACAAGCUAUUAAUUAUGGUAUUGUUGGAGUUAUCAUGGCUCACGAAGUUAAUCACGGAUUCGAUGAUGAGGGAAUCUUAUUUGAUAAGAAUGGUAACUUCGUGGAAUGGUUGUCUAUAAUGUCCCAAGAGUACAGCAAAAGAGCAAAUUGUUUUGUAGAGCAGUUUAAUAAUUAUUCCAUUGAAAAAAAUUCUAAUUGGAAAAUAAAGAACUAUGGCAAUCAAACGUCGGGUGAGAAUAUCGCAGAUACAAUGGGAUUACAGGCAUCAUACAGAGCUUAUCAAAGGAGGGAAAGAGAGUGUGGAAAACCAGAUACCAUAUUGCCAGGCUUGGAAGAAAUCACUAACGAUCAGCUUUACUUCCUAUCCUUUGCCAAUGUAUGGUGCGAAGCUACUAUUGAUUCAAAUACUACUUUGAUCCGUGCCAAAAUGGACGCACAUAGUACUGGACGUUUAAGAGUGAUAGGCUCUGUUUCGAACUCACAAGACUUUGCCAAAGCUUUCAAUUGCCCUGUUGGUAGUGCAAUGAAUCCCGAAAGAAAAUGCAAUAUCUGGAAGUAACAAAGGAAUCUUAUAAAUUAAACUUAAUCGAUGCGUAUAUAAAAAUAUUCGACAUAGAUGUUUUAUCUCUGUAUAUCAUUGAAUAAACUAACGCAUAUUGUGUAAAGAUGA